AUGCAUCUCGUUCGUCAAGGCCCGCGGCAAGUACAUGUGGCGACGUGGGCGACCGGCACGAUUUCGACGGCGUUCUUUGGCAUCUUGCCGUCCACAACCAUGGGCUUUGCAGGGGUCGAAAGCCUCACGGUAGUCACGGGGCAUCACCACUUGACCAGAGAUGAGCGAUUAGACAUCCUCCGUUUGUAUGCUUGGUUCCGCAGCCAAGGCGCCACGUCAUCGUCCAAACAGGUUGCCGAGGCUCUCGGUCGCAGCCUUGGUGUUGUGAAGGACGUAUGGCGCGACUACAUGCUCACUCGGAUUAACAAGGCGGCGGCGGAAAAGAAGCUCAAGAAGGCGGCGAAAGAAGCGGUUGCGAGUGGACGCGAAAUCAAGCGCGAGCGAAACGAUCUUAAGCGAAAGGCUAAUCAAAGCCUCAUCGAGAAGCUCCAAGCAACCCAGCGAGUCAACGAGCGUUUCAAGCGGGAUCUGGUCCGACUUAAUGGGACAGGCGGAAAGAAGAAACCGAAGCUCAGCGAACAAGAAGAGUUGGCCGAGUUUUUUGCUAAUCCUUAA